AGAUGGCAGACGGCAUCCCUCUGAAUCCCGUACGGAAGAAUUCGAGAAAAAUUGCGUAUUAUAAUGCUGGUAGACCUGCCAGGUAUCAGAUUGAAGACGAAUCCUUGAACCUCGAUGAAAUGCCCUUGAUGAUGUCAGAGGAGGCUUUUGAAAACGAUGAGAGUGACUAUCAGACGCUACCCAGAGCCAGAGUCAGUCAGACAAGUAGGGGACUGGGCUGGUUCCUCUGUGGCGGAUGGAAGGUCCUGUGCAGCAGCUGCUGUGAAUGUCUGGUUCACACAUGUCGCAGGAAGAAGGAGCUGAAGACUCGGACAGUGUGGCUGGGACAUCCCGAGAAAUGUGAAGAGAAGUACCCUAAAAAUGCUAUCAAGAACCAGAAAUAUAACAUUGUCACUUUUGUGCCAGGGGUUCUCUACCAGCAGUUUAAGUUUUUCCUCAACCUUUAUUUUCUGGUGGUGGCUUGCUCUCAGUUCGUUCCGUCACUAAAGAUUGGAUAUUUGUACACCUAUUGGGCCCCACUGGGCUUUGUUUUGGCUGUCACCAUGGCGAGAGAAGCAGUUGAUGAAGUUCGCCGCUGCCGGAGAGAUAAAGAGAUGAACUCACAGCUGUACAGUAAACUUACUGUGAGAGGAAAAGUGCAAGUUAAGAGCUCCGAUAUACAGGUUGGAGAUUUAAUAAUUGUGGAAAAGAACCAAAGAAUACCCGCUGAUAUGAUUUUUCUGAGAACAUCUGAGAAGACUGGUUCAUGUUUUAUUAGAACAGAUCAGCUGGAUGGAGAGACGGACUGGAAACUGAGAAUCGCUGUUCCUUGCACUCAGAGACUUCCUGCAUUAGGGGAUCUCUUCUCCAUCAGUGCGUAUGUUUACGCCCAGAAGCCUCAACUGGACAUUCACAGUUUCGAGGGGAACUUCACAAGAGAGGAUUGUGACCCUCCCGUCCACGAGAGCUUGAGUAUUGAGAACACCUUGUGGGCGAGCACUGUGGUGGCAUCUGGUACUAUUAUUGGUGUGGUGAUAUAUACCGGGAAAGAGACCAGAAGUGUGCUGAAUACUUCACAGUCCAAAAACAAGGUGGGGAUGUUGGACCUGGAGUUAAACCGCCUUACGAAAGCUCUGUUCCUGGCCCAGGUCGUUCUAUCUAUUGUUAUGGUCGCUCUGCAGGGCUUUCUUGGGCCGUGGUUUCGUAACCUCUUUCGUUUUGUGGUUCUGUUUUCAUACAUCAUCCCCAUCAGUCUGAGAGUAAACCUGGACAUGGGGAAGUCAGCAUACGGUUGGAUGAUAAUGAAGGAUGAAAAUAUUCCAGGUACUGUAGUUCGGACAAGCACUAUACCAGAAGAGCUGGGACGUCUGGUAUACCUGCUCACAGACAAAACAGGCACUCUGACCCAGAAUGAGAUGGUAUUCAAGCGUCUCCAUCUUGGUACAGUCUCGUAUGGGACUGACACCAUGGAUGAGAUCCAGAGUCACAUCAUCCAGUCCUACGCUCAGGUGAACUCAGCACAAUCCAAUGGCAGCAGUGCAAGUUCUACACCAUCACGGAAACCGCAGCCGCCUGCGCCAAAGGUUCGGAAAAGCGUAAGCAGCAGAAUCCAUGAGGCCGUGAAAGCCAUUGCCCUCUGUCAUAACGUCACUCCGGUGUACGAGUCCCAUGCUAAUGGCACCAGCACAGAACCAGAGAGCACAGAGGCUGACCAGGACUUCAGCGACGACAACCGCACGUACCAGGCCUCAAGCCCUGAUGAGGUGGCCCUAGUGCGCUGGACCGAGAGUGUGGGUUUGACUCUGGUCAACAGAGACUUUACAUCGCUGCAACUGAAGACCCCAGCAGGACACAUCCUGACCUACUACAUCCUGCAGAUCUUCCCCUUCACUUCAGAAAGCAAGCGAAUGGGUAUCAUUGUCCGGGAGGAGGCUACCGGCGACAUCACGUUUUACAUGAAAGGGGCUGAUGUUGCCAUGGCGAGUAUUGUACAGUACAAUGAUUGGCUGGAGGAGGAGUGUGGGAAUAUGGCCAGAGAGGGCCUUCGGACAUUGGUGGUGGCGAAGAAAUCAUUGACUGAAGAACAGUACCAAGACUUUGAGAGUCGUUAUAACCAGGCAAAGCUGAGUAUUCAUGAUCGUGCUCUGAAGGUGGCAGCAGUGGUGGAGAGUUUGGAGAGGGAGAUGGAGCUCCUGUGUCUCACUGGAGUGGAAGAUCAGCUGCAGGCCGAUGUCAGACCCACACUGGAACUCCUCCGUAAUGCUGGGAUCAAGAUUUGGAUGUUGACAGGAGACAAGCUGGAAACUGCUACAUGUAUCGCCAAAAGCUCUCAUUUAGUUAACAGAAGCCAAGACAUCCACAUCUUCAGACCGGUAACCAAUCGCGGGGAGGCUCAUCUUGAGCUGAACGCCUUUAGGAGGAAACACGACUGUGCGCUGGUCAUCUCAGGAGACUCUCUGGAGGUUUGUUUGCGGUACUACGAGCAUGAGUUUGUGGAGCUGGCAUGUCAGUGCCCCGCUGUGGUUUGCUGUCGCUGCUCUCCCACGCAGAAAGCUGAGAUUGUUCGAUUACUACAACAGCACACGGCCAACAGAACAUGUGCCAUAGGUGAUGGAGGAAAUGAUGUCAGUAUGAUCCAAGCUGCAGACUGUGGUAUUGGUAUUGAAGGGAAGGAGGGAAAGCAGGCAUCUCUGGCCGCAGAUUUCUCCAUAACCCAGUUUAAGCACAUCGGCAGACUGCUGAUGGUACAUGGACGUAACAGCUACAAACGCUCUGCAGCUCUCGGACAGUUUGUCAUGCACCGCGGCAUGAUAAUCUCCACCAUGCAGGCUGUGUUUUCCUCAAUUUUCUACUUUGCAUCUGUUCCUCUGUAUCAAGGCUUCCUCAUGGUGGGUUAUGCCACCAUGUACACCAUGUUCCCUGUCUUUUCUUUGGUGCUAGACCAGGAUGUGAAGCCAGAGAUGGCUUUGCUCUAUCCUGAGCUCUAUAAAGACCUCACCAAGGGUCGCUCCCUGUCCUUUAAGACCUUCCUGAUUUGGGUUUUAAUAAGUAUAUAUCAAGGGGGUAUUCUGAUGUACGGGGCCCUGGUUCUGUUCGAUCAGGAGUUUGUGCAUGUGGUGGCAAUUUCCUUCACUGCUCUUAUCCUGACAGAGCUGCUGAUGGUGGCGUUGACCAUCCGCACUUGGCACUGGCUCAUGGUGGUAGCCGAGCUCAUCAGCCUGGGCUGCUACCUUGCCUCCCUCGCCUUUCUCAACGAGUAUUUUGGCAUAGGUCGUGUGACCUUAGGAGCUUUUCUGGAUCUUUCGUUUAUCACAACAUGGGUGUUUUUGUGGAAGGUGUGCGCCAUCACGCUGGUCAGCUGUCUGCCGCUCUACAUCCUAAAAUAUCUGAAGCGGAAGUUCUCCCCACCCAGUUACUCCAAACUCUCCUCCUGAGCGUUCCAUACUUCACACAAUGUCAGAAGGCAUGCAAACACAUUUAUAAGCACACAUCAAAUACUUCUUAACAGAUACAAAGUUCCAUAAGUGCUUUAUGAUGCUCUUUAUAUGUAUGCUUAUUGGAUGACAUAAUGUGACACCUAUGUAUGUUUAUAUGGACUAAGAUGGUCGUUUAGAGGGGGACAUGGAACAGUUGUAGCGGAAGAUGGUGAGUAUUAUUGAGUACUUGAAGAGACUAAAGCACAAAAAGAGACCGAGAUAUAGAACAAAAGGAAUAUGAGGAAACCAAAAGGUUGUUUAGGGGGACACGCACUGCAAUGACAGUUCCAAACCUGUCAUUUUUGAUUAAAUGUAUAUAAAUGUUAAAUCAGCAUUACAUAUUUUUAUUGAAGCCUAUAGAUUUUUUAAAUGAUUUUUAUUGAUGAGGUAUAAUGAUGUUAGUGAGACCAUUUGAGAUAUAAUGUAUGCCUCAGUAGUAUAAUUUCCAUACUCAUCAGCACUUUUCCUUAAUUUUUGGCACAUACUGUACUACAUUAUCAAAGGGAUAAUUCACCCCAAAAUGAAAAUUUGUUAGCAUGAACUCACCCUAAAAAAAAAAAAGCUGUAUGACUUUCCACAAAAGAUGUAGAUGCCAUGAUUGCAAGUAAAUUAAAGACUAACCCUUGUACUUUGUAAUUAAUAUGGUCUAGGGAGGGAGUGGGGACUCGUAGGGGUAGUUUUGAUUUGAACGUUUUGCUUGCAUGAGUGUUGCAUACUGAAUUUGAAUAUGGACAGCUCUGAUGUCCAGUGCUACUGUUGCGUUGUGGCUGCCGCUGCUAUAUGAUCCUGCUGCAAAUCUGUGUAAAUGUAAGCUGGAGCAAAGCAAGUGUUUUACAGUAGAAACUAUUUGUUCUGGGAAAAGCUUUGACCUAAAUUACCCAAAAAUGCAAUGCUGUCAUACUUUACUUACCCUCAUGUUGUUCCAAACCCGUAUGACUUUCUUCAGAGGAAUGGUAAAGGAGGCAGAAUGUUUGGGACUGGAAGCCUCCAUCACAAUGAAAGAGACUAACAUUCUGUCUAACAUUUCCUUUUGUGUUCAAGUUUGGAAUGAUGUGGGUGAGUCUUUUCAUUUCUGGGUGCACUAUCCCUUUAAAAUUAUAUUUUACAAGUCUGUAAUCCUUUAAAAUGAUAAAUUCUUUGUUUUUAGAGUGGUAACUUGACUGACUUUUGGAGUGACUACAUGCCUUUGUUAUUGAUUGUUGAAUCCCACCUCUUGACAUAGAAACAGGACUUGAUUGUAGUAUUUUCUUGGAAUUGGUGUUAUGAACUAAUGAGUUUUAUAAGAUUGUAAAAACUGAAAAAUGUAUUAGAUGGGAUUUACUAAGCUGCUUAGAGAUACACCAUCAGUUUUGUAGUUCUAAAAUGGAUGUAUGGCACUCGCUUACCUGCUUUUUCAUAGUUUAAUAAAGGUGGGAGUUUCCUUUUUAUACACAAUGGCACUUUUUUUUUUUUUUUUUUUGUGAGGACAUUCACAGAAGAACCCCCCUUCAUCUGUGCUGAUGAUGUAUAGUUGGCUCAAAACUUUGUAAGAUCUUGCCUAAAUUAAAUAGUCGGCCGCUAUGUGGAAUGAGUUUUAUCAUUCACUUUAUUUUCUAUACUGUGUGCAUGCGUGUUUACAAUACUGAAUGAAACAAUGCCAAGCACAUAUAUGUGCCGUAUGCUGUUCUUUUCUUGCUGUGCAUAAUGGUGGAAUUCUGUUUCGCUUGGAAUAAAUUGGGUUAUAUGUUACUUCACUCAGGAAUAUCACUAACUGAAUUCUUCACCUGCUGUAUAAAAACCUUAAAUUAAACUUGUGAGAGCCUAACAACAAUAGCUUAUUUAUGUUUGUGUACUUUGUGUUGCUCUGGCAUUUCUUUUUUGUUUUUACUGAGUGAUACAUUAUUGAAAAAUGAUGUGGUAUUUCUAUAGUAUUGUUACUGCAAUAGUGGCUGCAGCAGUUUAAUCAGUAUAUUUAUACAUUUGUAUUUACAAUUGAUAUUAGUGUCUAAUUAAAG